CAGCACUGUUUUCUUUGCAAGAUAUCGCGAUACAAUGAGCGAGUCUACGACCUCGCUCCGAGUCUCGGUAGCAGCCAUGGCAUCCAGGCCGCAUAUAAAUACCUGGAUGUAUUCGACUACCUUGUCUCAUAGGAGCUUUUCCCACUCGCUGCUUAAUAUCGCAAUUGUACCUUACAAAAAGCUUCAUUAUGCCCACCCCAAUCGAAACGAUGAAGGCUGGGUGCCCCCACGCUGUUGAACCCAUAGCUGUGGUGGGGAUAGGAUGCCGGAUGCCCGGGAAUGUACGAAGUGCUUCGGACUUAUGGACGCUUCUGAUGUCCAGGGGCAUUGUAAGUAGUCCUAAGGUGCCUCCCUCUCGAUUCAACAUUGAUGCCUACUUCCAUCCAAACAAUGAGCGCCCUGGAAGCUUCAAUGUUCCUGGAGGGUAUUUCCUCGAAGGUGACCCUUACGACUUUAACCCUGGUAUGUUUAACAUAUCCCCAAUUGAAGCUAUGUGGAUGGAUCCCCAGCAACGAAUCCUACUCGAGGUUGUAUACGAAGCUCUCGAGAACAGUGGGACCCCUUUGGACAAGAUAUCAGGUCGGAAAGUUGGGUGCUUUGUAGGAUCAUCUGCAGAUGACGCUAAGCACCUAGCACCGAAAGACCUCGACUUUUCACAUGCCUAUAUGGCCACGGGCGUUGACCCCGGAAUCAUUGCGAAUCGUGUUAAUUACGUUUUCAAUCUAACGGGUCCGAGUCUUCUUCUUAAUGCUGCGUGCUCCUCGUCUUUAUAUGCCCUUGAUUUGGCCUGCAAGUCAAUGUCUGCUGGCGAAUGUGAUGGCGCUAUUGUGGGUGGGACCAACCUGAUCCUCGAUGUUGGCCAACAAAUGGGUACCGCUAACCUAGGGACUCUCUCGCCAACCAACCAAUGCCACGCAUUUGAUGCAUGCGCCGAUGGAUAUGGGAGGGCCGAGGGUGCGGGUGCUCUUUACCUCAAACCCCUGAGUGCUGCCAUCCGAGACGGCGAUCCUGUACGCGCCGUGAUCCGAUCAACUGCUAGCGGCAGCAACGGAAGACGCGAAAAUGGAUUGGCGCAUCCUAGCAAAGAUGGGCAAGUAGAGGUGAUUAAGACAGCAUAUCGUCUAGCAAACCUCUCGCCAGGUGAUACAAGCUAUGUUGAGUGCCAUGGAACCGGGACUCCAGUUGGCGAUCCAAUUGAAGUGCGCGCCGUUCAUGAAUCCAUAGGAGUAGAUGCGCUGCAGUCAGGUCCUAUCCUAAUCGGAAGUGUCAAGCCAAAUGUCGGCCAUAGUGAGGCAGCCAGCAGCAUGGGGACGCUAAUUAAAGCAAUACUGGCGUUGGAAAACGAGGUCAUUCCUCCGACAGCCGGUGUGACUCAAUUAAACCCGGAUAUUGCCUGGGACGACUUAAAUGUCCAAGUUGUCACAGAACCCACUUCAUUCCCCGUAUCAAAACCGAUUCGUCGAAUUGGCGUCAAUGCCUUCGGGUAUGGAGGUACAAAUGCACAUGCUAUCCUUGAAAGUGCAGAUUCCAUGGCGCCAGGAUACCGAGCUCAUAAGCUCAUAAGUCAAACUCGGAAAGAUACCGCCAAAGUUGACCAUUACGAUUUAGAUGGCAACCGUGCACACCUUCUCGUAUUUUCGUCGCACGAUGAGAUGACAUUGAAGAAUAACUUAACAAGUUAUUCGGUACGCUGCCAGGAUGCCGAUCUUGUGGAUCUAGCAUAUACCUUCGGAACCCGGCGCACGCUAUUCUCUCAUCGCGUAUUUGCUGUCGCUCAUAAGGACAGCUUUACAUCAGACAUUGCGGCUGCUUCCACCAAUAUCAUUGAAGCACCAAAGGUACCAGCUGUGCCUGUUUACGUAUUUACUGGCCAAGGCGCGCAAUGGCCACAUAUGGGUGUUUCAUUGAUAGGGGCUUUUCCUUCAGUGCUACAGACUAUUCGGCAUCUCGAUGAGCAUUUGAGCACCCUAGUAGAACCGCCAUCAUGGAAGAUCGAAACGGUCAUGAUGUGCCCCGAUGAAGCGAACUCUAUUGACGAACCUGAAUUCGCGCAGCCUUUAUGCACAGCCUUACAGAUUGCCAUAGUUGAUUUGCUAGAUCGUUGGGGGCUGAGACCGGUAGCCACUGUCGGACACUCUUCAGGUGAAAUGGCCGCAGCAUAUGCCGCAGGGCUCGUGUCCGCCGAAAGUGCGAUCGCCAGCGCUUACUACCGCGGCAAAUCAGUAGCCCUCCAUGAGACAGAUGGAGCCAUGCUUUCCGUUAAUCUAAGUCCUGAUAUCGCAAAAGAUUACAUACGGAGAGCAUCGUACGAAGGCAGAGUCGACGUAUCAUGUCAUAAUUCGCCCAAUAACACCACGCUAAGCGGCGAUAGAGGGCCAAUUGAGCAAUUGAAAAAGGCUCUUGAUGCUGAAGGCAUUUUUGCUCAAAUACUCCAAACAAGUGGAAUGGCUUAUCAUUCUCACCACAUGAAGGAUAUCACCCCCACAUAUAAGGAGUAUCUUGCCGCCGAACCAAUCUCUGGUCAUACUCGUGAUCUCAACUGCCCCAUGUUUUCGACCGUACAGCUGAAAGAAAUAACAAAGGACGGGGAAAUUCCAUAUUCCUCCUGGGAUUCCUACUGGGUCGAGAACCUCGCUAGCUUGGUCUCUUUUCACCAAGCCGUCCAGCUUCUACUAGACAGCCAACCUGGAGCCAAUACUCUCAUCGAGAUAGGACCUCACUCUGCUCUUGCGGGUCCAUUAAAGCAAAUAUGCCAAUCAAUAAAUAGACCACAGAUCACCUAUCUACCCUCUCUCAAACGUGAACAUUGCGACGCAGACCAAAUUCUUCGACUUGCCGGUGAUCUGUGGUCGAGAGGAGCCGAUAUCGACCUGCGUUCAGUGACCAGCAUCGAAAAAUUAACACCAGAUGGUGCGAUCGAAAUGAAGACAGGUUCGCUCCUAGUCGAUCUUCCGCCUUAUCAUUGGGCGUAUUCGAGAUAUUGGCCGGAAUCUCGACUUGACAAGGAGAGUCGUGAAACUGCAGAGCCCCGCCAUGACCUUCUCGGUCGUCGCAUUAUCGGAACAUCUCCUCUCGAACCAGUCUGGCGAAAUAUCCUACGCCAACGAGACGUACUCUGGUUAUCGCAACAUACCAUAGCCGGGGAGGUAUCAUUGCCGGCUACGGCAUAUCUGGCCAUUGCUAUUGAAGCGAUCGCACAGCUUAACUCACAGUCAUCCGCACCCGUAGGGAUUGAAAGUUAUACAUUGCGUGACGUUGUCAUCCAUAGCGCGACGGUCAUUCCCGAUGAUGAUAAGGGCACCGAGGUCUUAUUUCAGCUACAGCCGAUUGAUAAGAAGUCUGACUUGUCUAGAAGCAACAUCGGUGGCCAAUGGUAUCAAUUCACUGCCUCGUGUUGUACUCAUGGGUCCUGGAAAACCACUGCUGAGGGGCAUAUCACUUUGAACAUUAAGAGUCCAGGUGUAAAUGACAUGCUUCAGUCUGCAAAUGGACCCCCGAUGGGAAGUGAACUUAUGCGAACCGAACAUAAAGAAUGGCUGAAAAAACUUCAAACUUUCGGUGUUGAUCUGGGUCCAGUAUUCCAGCAUAUCAGCGACGUGUACGUUGACGUGAAGUCUUCCACAGCGCGAUGCGACCUGAAUAUCACCCAAGAAUGCGGCCUCGUGGAAGCAGAGUCUCGCUACGUACUGCAUCCAGGUGUGAUGCAUGCAUGCCUGCAGCCCCUUCUCGUUUCCGCUCAUAAAGGUCGAAUCGAUGACUUCCGCUGCAGCGUAAUCCCAACGCAUUUUCGCGAGGUUACUUUAUUCCCCCCGUCAGCCAAGCAUCUAACCAACCCAUGCUCAUUGGAGUGCUGGACUCCGCAGCGAGGCAAUCGCGCAUUUUUGUCUAAUUCGCAAUUAACUGCGCAUGAUGGCUCGCUCAUUGCUCAAUUCUCCGGCUGUCGGAAUGUUCAGUGCGAGGAUGCACUCGCAAAUAAAAUGCCUGGAGAUCCGCAGCGAGACCUAUAUCUUCAAAAUGUGUGGAAGAUUGACAGCGACUACAUGGAAUGGGCAGGAGACAUUGAUGUUUUAGCCACGACAGUAGAAGCGCUGCUCCACAAGGUUCCCACGACAAAAAUACUGUGUCUUGAGCGCGCAUUAGUGUCAUCAAUCCUUACUGUCUGCCCGAGCGCAGCCAUAACUGUGUCGAGUCUACGUACAUCCCAGCACGCUGACGAAACACUCGGGCUGACCAAGAUGGAAUCUUUAUCGCCCGGCUCUGAAGGUCGAGUUGGGAGCUUUGGGCUUGUUGUUUGUGGCCUCUUGGAUCUAACUGAUAUUCCAUUCUUCGAACGCAUUCGCGAAUUGGUUUCCCCUGGUGGCCAUCUACUAUUCAAUAUAGACAUGAAUAGUAGUUCCGCAGGAACCUGGGAACCUGUUCUAAAAAACGCCCGUUUUUCUGGAGUCAAGUUAAUGUCGCACGAUGGCGCAAUGCUCACAUCCGCAACAGAAACAUCCUCAGGACCCGAAGGCGGAACCGCAGGGGAUAAGAACCUCCUAAUUGUUUAUCGCGAUGUGCCUACAUCCUUACUCCCAGUUGUAAUCGAUAAAUUUUCCAGCCAUGGUUGGAAUGUCCGUUCGCAGUCUAUCACAUCUCUCGACCUUCUCCCCAAUGAACGAGUCAUCCUACUAGCCGAUAUGGAAGGUCCUUUCCUCGCUCAAUUAAACGAGGCGCAACUCAAGGGCCUGAUCCAUCUUACUCAUACCGCAUCGGCCAUCGCUUGGGUGUCCUGCGGUGGCCUCCUAUCGGGAGAUAAGCCAGAAUUUGCCAUGACGGAAGGUUUCGCCAGGGUAAUCCGCAAUGAGAUAGGGUCUUUAGACCUCGUGACGCUCGAUUUUGACGCAGAAACCACUCUUGAAUCCAGCGUAGCUAAUGUGCUCGUGGAUAUAUUAACACGCCAGAAGGCUCAUGGCCGAAAUGGGGAGACUGAAUAUUACAUGAAAGGGGGUGUGGUUUAUGUCAGCCGCAUCACGUCAUCCCUAGAUAUUAAUCGGGAGUUUGUUCCUGAUUCGGGGGAGACGAUGCCCUUACCCGAAAAGGACUCCCCUGCGGUAUGUGGUCGUUUCCAUAAUGGGGACAUCGAAUUCUAUCGAGACCAUGAGCGGAGGGCGGAACCCCUAGGGGCCAAAGAGGUAGAGGUUCACGUUGCGGCAAUGGGCAUUACAGCGCUAGACGGUUCCGAUGAUGCCACUUACCUCAAUCAUCAAAUUGCCGGUACGGUCAAUCGCAUCGGUUCGGAAGUCAUUGAUCUUCAACAAUCCACAAGCGUGUUCGGCUUUGCUCUCGACCACUUGGCAACGUUCCAACGGACAUCCCCUAGUCUUCUGCAGACGUUACCCGAGGGAUGUUCUCUCCUUGAAGCUGCGUCGCUUCCAUCUCCUUUUACCACAGCCUUGUAUGUCCUUGAAGACUUAGCGAGGGUCGAACUAGGCGAUAGUAUCGUCAUCGUCGAUGAUAUAGGCGAUAUCUGCCUAGCGAUGGUUCAAGUUUGCCGUCUUCACAAAGCAAAUCCUAUCGUAGUUACUUCGUCGCCGGCCUCAAAGGAGAUACUACUCACUAGUGGAAUGCCAUCCGACCAGAUAAUAGAUGGUCAUAGCGAUGAUAGCUGUAUUUCAGCGCAGAUAAAUAAAGCCACGGCGGGGAACGGAGUUAAUAUUGUCCUUUAUUCGUCUGCGACGAGCGGUGAAAUAGUCACGGAGCUCGGACAUACUGUGGCCCCGUUCGGCCGGGUAGUCGCAUUGGGCAGUAGCCGUGAUUGGGAUCGUGAGGUAUUCUACUCGUCGAUGGGUAGGAAAGGUAUAAGCUACUCCCAGUUUGAUCUCACGGAACUUAUUCGUGAGCGGCCGCAAGUUGUUACCAGACUCCUGAGCAGAUGCGCAAGCCUCUAUUCUCAAGGCAAAAUCACCGGGUUCGGUCGUAUCCACGCCAGGGAGCCUAGAGAAUACUGCAACAUUGUGCGAUCCACUCUCAAGGAUCUGGGUCCUGGAAUUCAAGUCCUCUCGUAUGAUAAGGAUGUCUCAUUCAACGUGGUCCCAACUAAACGACAUCUAAAAUUCAAGCCCGAUGUUACCUAUCUAUUGAUAGGGGGCUUAGGGGGUAUUGGGCAAAAAGUAGCAGCUUGGAUGGCUGAUCGAGGUGCUGAGCACUUGGCAUUCCUAUCCAGGAGCGGGACUGAUCGUCCAGCUGCGAAACAGGCCGUGGAAAUACUCAGAAGUCGAGGUGUCACUGUGUCCGUAUUGCGUGGUGAUGUCACAUCUCGUGAGGAAUUGGCCAAUGCGAUCUCUCAGAUCGAUCCUGCAUAUCCUAUUCGUGGAGUUAUGAACGCCGCCGCCGACAUCCGCGAUCGCAUGUUCAGUAACAUGACAUUUGAUAUUUGGUACCCCGUUACACAGUCAAAGCUUAGGGGCUGUCAAAAUCUGCAUGAGCUUUUCAAGGACCAGGAGCUUGACUUCUUCGUUAUGACUAGCUCUAUUACCGCUCUUCUUGGUUCAACGGGGCAAAGUAGUUACGGCGCUGCCAAUGGAUAUCUUGAUUCCCUGGCCCGUCACCGCCGCUUGCGAGACCUUCCUGCAGUCUCCAUAGAGCUACCGGCUAUCUUCGGGUUCGGUUAUAUCCACGAAAAUUCCGCUAUAAGGCAGUCCAUUGAACAAAAAGGUAUGUACGGUAUAAGUGAACGAGAGAUGCUUGAUGCCUUCGAGAUCGCCAUGACACCUCAAAAUGAGCUGCCGCCGGGUGUCGACCAUAUUGCCGUGGGUAUCCAACCUCGACGUUUCGGUUCCUCCUUAAAGAAAUCUGGCUCCUACCUAGCAACCAAGGAAAAUCCUUGUUUCAGCUGGCUAGAUAUGGCGAUGGAAGAGCAGGCGACAGAUACAGAGUCUAUCAAACCUUCGUUCACCAAAUCGGAGAAUAUCAUGACCAAUAUUCGGCAAGCCCCAAGUAAGGAGGCGGCCAUAGAAGGCGUGACGAAAUGUGCGGUGCAAAGAUUAGCACGUCUGACGAUGAUCAACGAGGAUCAGAUCGAGACUACGCAGAAAUCCAUCGCAGAUUACGGCCUGGAUAGUAUGAUCGGUGCCGAGUUCCGCAACUGGAUCUUCCGAGAGUUCGGCGUCAACAUGCCCUUCAAACAACUUCUGGCAGAAACCCUCACCUUGUCCAAGUUGGCAGAGACCCUAUGUGAAAAGGUUUGUAGCAGUGAGAGUAACAGUGACUAGGUACUUGGCGCUUGGAAUGGCAACUGCAUGACUACUUCACGAACUAUUCAUUAAUGAGUUAAGAGUGUGUUAAGUUAGAAAGAGUAUUAUCGAGAUACGAUGCGUAUCGUUCUUUUAUUCUCAGGCACCUACCUUCUUAGGUAAUAACGCCAUAGUGCUUCAAUAUAAAGGCAUACAGAGUAUCAAUCAAAUAAGCCUCUCUCAGAUUGAGUUGCAUCCAGACGCCA